AUGGCCUUGGGUGCCAUUUAUCACGGAAUACCCGAGGAUCUGCUCAUGACAUUGGCAGAGAUGAAGACUGCCAAAGAAGCCUGGGAAGCCCUUAAAGUUAUGUUUGUAGGGGCAGAUAGAGUGAAGGUUGCCAGAAUUCAAACACUCAAGGCUGAACUCGAAGCCAUGAGCAUGAAAGAAACGAAGAGUGUUGAUGACUUCACCGGAAAAGUCAUCAACACAGUCAGCACAUUACGAACCUUGGGAGAAAAGGUACAAGAAUCUCAAGUGAUGAAGAAGUUACUCAGGGUGGUGUCGUCCAAAUUUCUUCAGAUUGCCUCAACACUCGAGCAAUUUGGAGAUUUGGAAUCAAUGUCCGUUGAAGAGGUGAUCGGAAGACUCAAGGCAUAUGAAGAGCGCAUGAAGAGGACCGGUGAAAGUGACGAUCGAAAACUCCUCUUAACUCACAAAGAAUGGUCUGAUAGAAACAAAAAGAAGUCAGAAAGUGAUUCAAAGCAGAGAUCAAAUCGAUGUGGAUUUGGUGCUUCACGUGGUGGUCGUGGCAGAGGUAGAGGAAGAAACAGAGGAGGUCGUGGUGGCAGAGGCGGAACGCAUCACCAAAAGGAGAGCAAUUCUGGUGCAUUGAGUAGUCAUGAUAAGAGUGACAUUCAGUGCUAUAAUUGCAAAAAAAAUCUCAGUCCUCAAUUGAGAACCCAUGGAAAUUUGAAGAAGUCGUCUUGCACAUGGUACCUGGAUACAGGUGCUAGUAACCAAAUGACUGGAGACAAAACCAAAUUCAGAAGUUUGAAUGAAUCAAUUCAUGGCUUUGUGAAGUUCGGGAAUGAAUCGAAAGUGAGAAUUGAAGGAAAGGGCUCUAUAGUUUUUAAAUUCAAAGAUGGUGGGCGUCGAAAAUUGAAUGAUGUAUACUACAUACCUGAUUUAUGUAGCAACAUCAUCAGUCUGGGUCAAUUAGCAGAAGGGGGAGAUGAGAUCAAGAUUAAAGACCCAUUUAUAUGGGUUCAUGAUUCAAUUGGAGAGCUACUCAUGAAGGUUAGAAGAUCAGCAAACAAACUCUACAAAAUUGAGUUAGAAGAAGAUACUGCAGUGUGCUUUGUUGCAGAAGUUGAUGACCCAACCAGGCUAUGGCUUAAACAUUUGGGGCACAUAAACUUCAAUUAA